AUGAAGAGAAUGGAUCUUUAUUACCAGACAGCUUUGAUGUACACGAGGGAGACUGUGGGUUCGAUAUUGUUGAUGCAAAUAUGGAAUCUGAUAACCAUAUAGGCGAUAAGGUUGUUAAUUCUAGAUAUGACUCUAAAUGUGACACAAUAGAGGUGAACUUUGAAAUAGAUAAAGAUGAACAUGGAAUGCAUUAUAAAGUAUCUGAUGUACCUAAUGCCGUCUUGUGUUUUGCAUUUGGAUUGCAGCAAGUGUUACUAAGUAUAAGUUCAACCAUUUCUAUUCCUUUGAUUGUCGCCAAUGAGAUUUGUGCUGGUGACCUUGACCUUGUGAAGUCAGAGAUCAUGUCGACGUUUUUAUUUAUGUGCGGACUUUGCACCAUAUUGCAGACGGCUAUAGGCGUGAGACUGCCAAUAAUACAAGGAGGAUGUCACAAGUUUAUACCUGCAGUUGCCGCACUUAUGGCCUUACCCAUCUGGAAAUGUCCGGAUCUAAGCCAAGUUACAAGUCUGGUUGUCCAUGGAAACGGAUCGGAAUUAAACGAAACAUUCGUACCGAGAUUUACCGAUGAUCAGCGGACAGACAUGUGGCAAACACGAAUGAGGGAGAUUCAAGGGGGAAUAAUUCUGUCAGCACUUGUACAGGUAUUUAUAGGAUGUACAGGUAUUCUUGGUUUGAUUUUACAUUGUAUUGGACCUAUAACCAUUGUACCAACUAUAACCUUGGUUGGACUAUCUCUAAUUGACGUAGCACUCCGCUUCUGCCAGGUUCACUGGGGAAUUACAAGUUUAACUGUGUGUCUUGUUUUCCUAUUUGCGCUGUACAUGAGUGAAAUCAAGAUUCCGUUUCCAGCAUAUAACAGACAAAAGAAAUGUCAUAUAAUAAAGUAUCCAGUAUUCAAACUACUGCCGGUGAUAUUAGCAGUUCUCAUUUCUUGGGGAGUAUGUGCCAUUUUAACUGUCACCGACAAAUUAUCAUCAGAUCCCAAAAGCCAGGAAUAUUUCACCCGCACAGACUCACGAACACAUGUUCUACAUGCUGCUAAAUGGUUCUACUUUCCGUACCCAGGUCAAUGGGGUCUUCCGACAAUUAGUGUUGCAAGUUUCAUGGCAAUGCUUGCCGCAACAAUGACAUCCAUAAUAGAAUCUGUUGGUGAUUACUACGCAUGCGCAAGAAUAUCUUGCGUUUCACCACCGCCUGCGCACGCAGUUAAUAGAGGCAUCGCCAUGGAAGGGUUUGGUAGCAUACUAUCUGGUAUUGUAGGAUCAGGAGGGGCGACAACUUCUUACAGCCAAAAUGUUGGCGCCAUUGGAUUUACAAAGGUGGCAAGUAGAAGAGCAUUCCAGGUUGCAGGGUUGAUAUUUUUAAUAUGUGGACUAUGUGGAAAAUUCGGCGCCUUGUUGACUAUGCUACCUGAUCCUGUACUAGGUGGUAUUGUUCUCGUCAGUUUUGGAAUGGUCACAGCUGUAGGACUGUCGAAUCUUCAGUUUGUAUCAUUACAGUCGAGUCGAAAUUUGGUGAUUAUAGGAUCCUCGUUGUUGAUUGGCUUAAUGGCUCCAAAAUAUAUUAUAUCCAAUCCAGGCUGUAUAAAAACAGGAAAUGACGAGAUAGAUCGUGUUUUAACAGUUUUAUUGAGCACUGCAAUGUUUGUGGGUGGUUUUGUAGGAUGUGUAUUAGACAAUACAGUUCCAGGUUCUGAUGAAGAAAGGGGUAUAAAAUCAUGGCGUAAGACAUACACGGCAGAUGUACCAACUGGUUCUGAUUCCGAGGAGGACAACACUUAUGAUCUACCAUUCAUUAUGAAGUGUCUAAAACGCCAGAGAUGGGCAGCAUAUAUUCCAUUCCUUCCUACAUUCCAGUUCAGUAUUGGAAAAUAUUUCAAAGGACUGUGUUCAAAAUGUAAAGGCAAAUCGUCAUGAUCAAGUUGUAUUUUUUACAUAUCCAUGUGUGUGAGUGUUUGAUAUGUUUUGAAAAUCAUAAUUUCACACUUUUUGAAGGGAGUGUUGUUCAAAUGUAAAUAGUAUUCAUCAUAAAAAUAUUUUUGUUUUAUAUGCAUAUCAUUUUACAGCAUAAUAGUUCACGGUUGACUGAAGCGAAGAUUAUGCUUAUUUUGCAUCGGACAUUGAUAGAUAUACAAUAUAGUUAACAAGUACAGUUUAUCAUUUAAUUAAGCAAAUCAUCCCCCCAUUCUUCCAUAUUAUUUACACGACUUGCACAUCAUGAAUUGAAACAACCAGAUUACUUCACACCUUAUAAACUGUAUCAUUGAACUACCAGCGUUUGCACCAUGCGUUUACCGAAUAUAAAUCAUUAUUGAAUCCCAGUUUUACCAAUUAAGCUAGUCUAAACAAAUUAUAUCAAAUAACUGUUGUACUCAAUCUACCAUUGUUUUCAUUUUUCAAGUCCAAAGCAUCCAUAUCAAGUCACUGUAGUACCUCAUCAAGCCUCUUUCCUUUAUUCCUUUUCAAUGUCAAACAUUCCUUUCAAACCAUUAUUGUAUAAGAAUUAUACAAAUUUGACAAAUUUAAAAUAGACCUUUAAAAUGAUAUACUGAAACUCUCCGAUGUCCUUAUAUCAAGUAUCAUUAUAAUUGUUCGUUGUAAUGAAACAUUUAAGAGUUUUUACCCUUGUUCUGGUAUGCAAUGGUCAUACAUGUAUAUUAUACACUGUGUUAUUUUAUAGUAUAGAAUUGUUUUGAUAUAUUCGCUUUAGCAAGAUUUGUUUUAUGUUUUUGUAAAUGUAGACAUAUUAUGCCAAUAUUUUUAUAUAGAACUACAACAUCAUCAGUGUCGGUAGUGCUAAUGAAGAUAAUAAUUAAAGAUUUAUAACGAA